AUGCUUGUAGGAAUUUCAAGGAAUUUAGAACUGCUAGAUAGCGCUGCUGGGGUUGUGGGGUUUAUUUUAGUCAAUAUUGAGUACACCAAAGCUGUAUGUUUUGUGGCUUAUAUUGCUGCUAAUUUUAAAAAAAUCAGAAGAAUUUAUAUGCAAAAUUUAGGACUAGAGUCAAGCAGAAUUGAAGCCCAAGAAAAAUUGGAGCCUCAUGCGAAAAUAUUGGAAAAAGAAGGUUCAUGCGCUAUAUGCCUAGAGCCUAUUCGAGUAAAUUCUGUCUGUAUUAUUUUGCCAUGCGACCACGCAUACCACCAUAUUUGUUUGAAAAAUUGAGUAGUCAUCAGAUGCAUUUGUCCAAUGUGUAGAACUAUUAUUUAA